GCACAGGGCGGUUCAUGAAUGAGCAUUGGAAGUGGGAGGGCCCCCCUUCAUCAGCCUUUACCAGCCGGUUGUGGGUUAAAAAAAAGUGGGUGUUGUUGAGCUGUGGUUUUGUUUGGCUCGCAAUGUUUUUGAACACAUGAGCAGCGGGACACCCGAGGACCGCGCACUGAGAGGAGCAAACGUCCAUCGGCUGUGCGGUGCAGGCCAGCGGCGGUGCAGUUCACGGCAAGAGCAAGACUAGGCAGAGUCUCGCCUGUGCGCCAUGGGUUUCCGCAAGAAGAACAAGAGCCCGCCGGCGCUCAGCCACGAAUUUGUGAUCCAAAACCAUGCCGACAUGGUUUCGUGCCUAGCCAUGAUCAUCCUCCUGGGUCUGAUGUUCGAGGUCACAGCAAAGUUUGCCAUCAUGUUCAUCACAGUCCAGUACAACGUCACACAAGUUCUUGAUGAGAAGAAAGACCAAGUGAACCUUUACCAUUAUGGCCCAAAAGAUGUGGCCACUGUGUUUUUUUACCUUCUGAUUGCCGUCAUCCUUCAUGCCCUGAUACAAGAAUAUAUUCUUGACAAAAUUAACAGACGGCUGCAUCUGUCAAAAACCAAACACAGCAAGUUCAAUGAAUCAGGGCAACUGGCGGCGUUCUACCUGUUCUCCUUCAUUUGGGGUUGCAGCAUCCUGACAGCGGAGGACUUUGCAAAAAAUCCCACUUUCCUAUGGGAGGGUUACCCACAUACUCACAUGGUUUUUCAGGCCAAGUUUUUCUAUAUUUGCCAAAUUGCCUAUUGGCUUCACGCACUUCCGGAAUUGUACUUUCAAAAAGUGCGCAAGGAGGACAUCCCCCGCCAACUCUACUAUAUUUGCCUUUAUGUUGUUCACAUCACUGGUGCCUAUAUCUUAAACCUCCACCGACUCGGCUUAAUGUUGCUGGUCCCUCACUACUUAGUGGAGCUCCUGUUUCACGCCUCACGCCUCUUCUACUUCAGUGACGAGAACAAGCAGAAGGGUUUCACUCUGUGGGCUUUGCUGUUUGUUAUUGCUCGGCUGCUCACUCUCACCCUGUCAGUCCUGACUUUUGGCUUUGGGUUACCACGGACAGAAAAGCAAGGCUUUUCACUGGUGGAAGGAAACUUUAAUGUACUCACCAUAAGAAUGACGUGUUUGGCCGCCAUCUGCCUGACUCAGGCUUGGAUGAUGUGGAAGUUCAUCAAUUUCCAAUUAAAGAAGUGGAGAGAACACAGUCUGAAUCAGGCCUCUAAGAAGAAGACAGCCAGCCCAAAGAGUAAACCUUACAAACGGGAACUUACAAGGGGAGGAGCUGCCAAUGGGAUUGUGAAGCCUGAUGAUAAGACAUCACCACAAGCGAGAAAAGCUAAAAACUCCUAAAAACUCAGUGUGUGUGUGUGUGUUUACUGCUCUAAAAAAAAAAACAAAAUCACAUUGAAAGCCGAACUAUUCUACGGCACCGUCACUACGCCGGCUCUUGUGGCGCCAUCUUGAUCCUGUAUAGGUCUUCGGCCGGCCGGGUUGAGCGUGGUGUGACUUGCAAUUCUCUACCAAAACGCUAGCGGCAGUGUUUUCUUGAACGUUAGCAACAACAGUUGGAAGUAUUCCAUGUGGAGUUUCAUGUUGCUCUGAAACCGAUCAUGUUUGUUGUAUUCAUUUCACUGCUCAUAUUUGCAUGUUGCAUAUUUAUCAGUGAGACGCUCCUCCAUGUGCACCAUUGUUUUUUUUGUUUUUUUUGGCGCAUUCAAAGGACGGGAAAAAAAAAGAAAUGUACUAAAAACGCAAGGUUACAAUAUUUUUAGAGAUGCAUGUCAAGCUCUGCUGGAGGGUUUGGUGAGAAAGGAACCAGUGUUGCUUACUUUGGGCACCGUGAUGCGGUAGCAUAUUUUAGCCUUGAGAAACCUCACGUAGCGGUCCUUUUUGGUGUCGAGAUUCCUCUUGGAAGACUCACUUGGAGGUUGCUUAAUCUUCUGCGUAGAGGAUUACAAGACAGAGUUGGUUUUCAUGCUUUAAACAGAAGACGUUUCACAAAAAUACAACAAUGAUCCAAUGUUGACUUGUUGUUUUUUCGCUACAAUGACAUUUCAGUUUGUUAAUGUUAAGUGUUAAUGUACGGAUACACUGUACAAGGUUGUUUUUUUUUGUGUUUGUGUUCUGCUGGCUCAUAUUCCAAAAAAACACAUAGAAAGCAUUCCAGUUUGUGUCAAUCCGUGCUAUUUACUGUAGCUAUAGUUGUUGUUGAAAUUGUUAACUAAUGAUCAUUUGUGCCUUUGAAAUCCAACAAUGGGAUUGAGGCACUUUUUUUCUUUUUAGUUUUAUUUAAUUUUAAUUCUAGCCUGGUGAACAGCUUCACGCUACUCAUCCAUGUCCGGGAGCUGUCCGGUACUGUAACCUUUUAAGGCUUCACUGUACACAUACGGUUAAAUCUAAAUGUCAGCAUGAGCGGAACCCUUGAGCAAGAAACUGUGUGUUGGGGCUGCAACUCAGUAUUUUUCUAUGGCAUGGUGGUUUGGACACACUAUGGAGUUUACUACUCUUUCUCUCUCUCACACAUACACAAGCAUCCAGUGGCCUUUUUACAACUGCUGCAAGAGGUUUAUUUAUUUUUUAUCAUAGAUUACAGAUAGUUAGUAUAACCAGCAAACACAGGUAUCCAUAGCAACUGUGUUUGGUUAAUCCAAUCAAUACAAUCCUUCAAGUGUCCUUAUAAUGUCAGUGGGUUGUCUCACUUGUUUUUGCUUGUGUGCUUCUUCCAUUUAACUAUUUUUUUAUUUUUUUUUAAAUCAGGGCAUGACUUGUUUCUCCACUUACAUCCCAUGUUGCAGUGGGAGGUGUGUUUUUGUGUGUGUGUGUGUUGUUCUGGUUAUUGUGUAUUGUAUACGUGUCAAUCAAGUUGAAUUGUGACAACAAUGUUUACUGCUUGUCCAGUAUAAAAGAAAGUCUUGUGUGCAGAGCAUGAAAUGUGACAAUCUGCCCAUUAAAUCACUCCACGUGCGUCUUAAUCGCUGCCCGCUUUUAAAACCUGGUCAGUCCGAUAGUUACGUGCUAAUUGUUGAGAGCCUGUGAUUUGUGUUUAUUCCCUUGCGUCACAUUUCCAGUGAUGUUGAGAUGAUAUAGGAUGGAAGGAAGGAAGAGCUUUGGAACGCGUCUCAGAUUUAAAUGGCACCCUGGACUGGAAUAAGUGUCUCAUUUAAAGCUAUUUUUUAUAUAGUGGGGCAACAACAAUGUUUUUUUUUCUGAAUUAUGAUCUAUGUAUGAUGUAUUUAUGUUUCUUUCACUUUUAAUGGCCUUAUUUGAAGCAAGUCUCGAUUGCCUCUAUGCUGUAGCUUUCACAUUUUAACUUUUUUUUUUUAACCGGUCCUGAAUUUUAAAUUAAUGACAAACUGUUAGUGUGCAAAAUCUGACUUUUAUGAAGUAAUUUGUGCAGUUUUAAUUUUUUUUUUUUAAAAAAAAGGUACUUUUCCCCCCACAUCUUAAUAUGUAUGGCAUUGUGGUAACAGUUGCUAAUGCCUUUGUCCAUUAAAUUGUUAUCCACAAAUUGCAUUCGAUUGUUUUAAUUCUGCACAUGCCUUCAUUUGAAAUAUAUAAAUAUAUAUAUUAGGGUGCAUAAAAAACACAAUUAUUGAAUUUUGAUAUGGCUGGGUACUAAAAGUGUUUCAAUAUAUGUAGAAACAACACAUAGAAAAUAUUUUUCC